AUGGCGCCAUCGACAUCCACUGCUACUGUUACUACUACUACAACGAGUAGCGGGGCUCCUGUAGAAGGCGCUCGAAGAAGAUCGCUCAGUGGAGCAUCAGCAUUGCUCGCAAGAAGAUUCACCAGAAAUACAGCAUCUGCCUCGCCAUCUUCAUCCUCUUCAGCAGCAGCCGACCCGAGACCAACAGCAUCUAGAUCUGAAUCAACAGCCAAACGAAGAGCUACAAUCGCUUCAUCUGCAUCCUCCUCGUUAGAUCAACACACCAAUGACAAAGUUCAUGUCCGCAUUGUGCCAAACAUUGACAAUCCCAGUCGAAGUUUGAUCUUUGAUAUCGUCGACAGACAGCUCCCAGUUGGAUCCAUUAUUCGCAUUGGCCGAUACUCUGAGCGUCAUGCUAAUCUGAAUUGCAUGUCUUUCAAGAGCAAAGUAGUUUCUCGAUGUCAUUGUGAAGUGUGGGUUGAAACAGAUGGCAAGCUGUAUAUUCGAGAUACCAAAUCAUCCUCUGGUACCUUUCUGAAUCAUGUUCGACUGAGUCCAGCAGGAAGUGAGAGCCGCCCUGUGGAAUUACACGACGGCGAUAUUGUGCAAUUGGGCGUUGAUUUCCAAGGCGGAAGAGAGGAGAUGUAUCGUUCCGUCAAAAUGCGAUUUGAAUUGAACAGAUCAAGCAGACAGCGGCCACUCUCAUUCAACCUGAACGCAUUCCAAAAUCUCCGUAAUUUGACUCAAGCAACAGCGCCAACACCCCCUCUUUCUUCUCAUCAUCAGCACCAGCAGCAUCAAGAGGAAAGCGCUAAUUUAAGGAAUACAAUCAUUGAUACACCAACUAAUGACUUAAUUAAUUCACCACCUGCAUCAGAUGGCAUCCCACUCAAGAAAUUAACAAACAUGCAAACCAGCAACGAUACCACUAUAACCACCACUACGUCCAGCUGUCAUGAUGAUGUAGAUGAAUGCUGUAUUUGUUUAUAUGCAUUAGCUCCUUUUCAAGCACUAUUUGUAUCUCCAUGCUCUCAUACUUAUCAUUUCAAAUGCAUUCGACCUUUGCUACAGAGCUACCCUGGAUUCCAAUGCCCUAUCUGUAGAACGUACUCUGACCUAGAAGCAAGCGUUGCUUCUGAGGCGGAUGAAGUCAUUAAUAUCUUUCGCACAGGCAGCAGCAGCAACAGCAACAACAAGCACCAUGAGAGAUCGAUUACCGUAACAACUGCACCUCCAGCAGAUUCUGGGUUGAAUUUACAAUCUCCAGAAUCCUCUGAUUUUGCAUUACAUAAUCCACUCCAUGUCGCUGAUCCUUACUCGACGACACUUGUAUCGUCUCCUGUCAUCUAUUCCGAAACAUUGCCGGAUCCAUUUUCCUCAUCUACGUCCUCUCCUGCGAACCAGAAUCAUACAGUUCAAAUACUACAACAUGUGAUUGAAGAAUCAGCGCCUCAUGCUUCAUCUCCUCAAGCUCAAAUCGAAACAGAGCAAGCAGUUGGUGAGGAAGAAGACCAUGGUGUGCUAUCCAAUACAGAAGAUGAAGAAGAUGAUGUUGAGGUAGAAGAUGUAGACAUGUCAAAUCUCUCGUCCGCCGAGCCAACCGCCACCCGCGUCCAGAGCAGACCUACAUCCACAUCCACACCACCAGCCAUACCUAAACGAGAGAGAAGAUCAAGCCAUAUCAUGGACAAGCUAAAGAUGGUCUUUUUCGAAAAGAGAAAGUCAGCAUCUACUACCCAACAACAACAAAACAAACAAUUGAGACAUAGUCAUAAGAGGCGAGCAAGACCGCUCUCCUAUCCUAAUUUAUUAUCAGUUGCAGCGGAUGAGCAACCACCCUCAUUGCCACCGCACGCUGAAAAUCAACGACCUCUACUACCACAAGUACAAGGCCAUUAA